UCAACAGCUAACCCACAAAGAUGGCUGUUAAUUCCGCCGUGAAUGUCGCUGUAAUUUCCACCAUAUCUCCGUGCAACAAGAUCGAGACCAAGAUAACCCAUUUACCUGCCACAUAUCGCGCUUACGAAUACAAGAGCUAUGGUACUCCAGAAGCCAACCUCUUUCUCUCUAAUGACGUGUCCAUGACCCCGCUCAAGCCCACACAACUACGCAUCAAGAUCCACAGCGCGGCACUCGACCAGAAGAUCAUGCAAGACUUCGGACUCGUCGUCACCGGCCGUCAACCCUCAUCUGACAAACCCUUCGGUAUGGGAUUCGAUGUCGCCGGUAUUAUCGUCGAGUCCGGCACCGACACGCACCAGUUCAAGGUGGGCGACGCCAUUUUCGCUAUGGCGCCGCUCUCAAGCUUCGGCACCUUCGCCGAGUUUGUGGCCAUCGACGAGAAGUUCGUGGCUCUCAAACCCAACAACAUCACCUUCGAGGAGGCAGCUAGCAUCUCGGACGCCGCGCUCACCAGCUAUCAGGCGUUGCAUGAACACGCCAACCUUAAGACGGGCGAUCGUGUCCUCAUCUUGGGUGGCUCCACCGCGACGGGAUUGGCGGCCGUCCAGUUGGCGCGCGCCAUGGGUGCGCACGUGAUCGCCACGGUCAAAAGCUGUCAGGACCACCUUCUCGUACAGUCACUGGGCGCUGAGAAGGUCAUCGACUCGUCCAAGCAAAGCUGGGUUGACGUCGUGGAUGAGCACUCCAUCGAUGUAGUGUACGACUGUGGUGUAGAGCGGAAGGCGUGGAACCGCGAUGCCCAGACUGUGCUCAAGAAGGACACGGGUCGUUUCGUGACCAUCAACCCCAUGAUACAGCCGCGUCCGGCAAAGUUCGGCGCCAAGUGCGUUGGCGAGAUUAUGGUACACGCAAGCGGUGCGCAGUUGAAGGAGCUGUCAGACUUAGUGUCGUCUGGUGCGUUGAAACCUGUGAUCGACUCGGUGUAUUCAUUCGACCAGCUUCUGCCGGCGUUAGAGAAACUGGAGUCGAAAACUGUGCCCGGCAAGGUGGUGCUGCGUACGGCCAAACUUGAAUUGAUGCCUGUACAACUUUUAUAUUACUUGUGUUAG